AUGUCCGAGACUGAAGAAAAUUUAAAUAUUCAAUUGAUUCAAGAAAUAUUAAACGAAAAUCCAAAUAAUGUAAAACAAUUGUUGGAAGAGGGAGCUGAUGUUUGGUAUAAAGAUGAUAAAGGUAAAAGCCCUUUACAUUUUGCAUGUGACAAUGGAAAUAAAGAGAUAGUUAGUUUAUUAAUUCAGCACGGCCAUCCUUGGAAUGUUAUCGAUAAUGAUAACGUAACUGCUGGUGAAUAUUCUAAGCGUAAUGGCCAUGAAGAAGUUUAUAAUAUGUUGGUUGAAGAAGGAUGUAGAGCUGAAUUAAUACUUGGAAUGAUUGAUAGAAAGGAAAAAGUGAACAAUUCAUCAAACCCAUCAAACAUUGAAUAUUUAUCAAAACCGCUUAGAUAUUCUGAGGAUGGUAAAGAAAACCUUAAUAUUCUUAAUAUAGGUUUUGGUCUUGGAAUCAUUGACACUGAAAUUCAAAAAUACAAACCUCUCCAUCACACAAUUGUUGAAGCACAUCCUGAUGUUUAUAAAUUUAUGAUUGAACAAGGCUGGGAUAAGAAACCAGGGGUAAAAAUUAUAUUUGGUAGAUGGCAAGAUGUAUUGGAUGAGCUGUUACUAACGCUGAGUGGAGAUGGUGAAAUGGGUUAUGAUGGGAUAUUUUUUGAUACUUUUGGUGAAUAUUAUGAUGAUUUGCAUGAUUUCCAUGAGGAAUUGCCAAACUUGCUUAAAUCUGAUGGUGUUUAUUCAUUUUUUAAUGGAUUAGGUGCCACCAAUCCAUUUUUUCAUGAUGUUUAUUGUCGAAUUGCAGAACUUCAUCUUGCUGAUGUUGGACUUUGCACCCAAUUUGUUGAGAUGGCUGUCAAUUUAUCAGAUGUUGAAAGUAAAGAGAUCUGGAAAGAUGUAAAAUCUAAAUAUUGGACUUUAAAUACUUAUCAUUUACCAAUUUAUGAAGUUAAUUGGAAUGAUGUUGAAUCAAUUUAUAGCUGGAUAAAACCUUUGAAGCAUUCUGAUGAAAUUUUUACACCCAAGUGGAUUUCAUAUGGUGCCAAGUUUCCCUUGCAAGGUCGAGAUGAAACAAUGAGGACAUUAUUUGAAGGCACAGGAAAAAGUAGAUUCCUCCAAGAACUUCCCAAUUUACUCUAUAACGAAACUGAAUAUUAUACAGAUGACAAAGAACUUUUAGAUAUGAUCAAAAAUCGAAUGUACACCAUCAAUGUUACCUUUGGAAAUAGCACUGUUGCAUCACCAGAAGAUGAGAAAUGUAGCCAUAAGAUUAGCCAUGCACCUGGGGUUGUUCUCAAGGGUGUUAAUAGUGAUAGGAAUUUUGAUAAUUAUAUUAAAUUUAUUGUCCUCGCCAUUGAUGAGCUAAACCUUUUGCACAAGUGUGGUAAAGAGUCAGAUCCCCAAGGAAAUCCAGUUCGUCAAAUUGUACAUUCUGCUGGAAGUUUGGGUUGCAGUAGCGGAGAUAUAUUCUAUCUACCAAUCUUAUCUGGCACAAUUCAGGGUCCUCUUGAAAAAGUGUUCAGAGAAUCAACAUAUAUUUAUUUUCACUUACCAUUUUGUCUUCUUCAAGAUGAGGAGAUGUGGAGUAUUAGCAAAGUAUUGCUGACUCCGAACUCUCACUAUCAAACUAUAUCAAUAAUAACAAGACCUUUAAUUGCUGCUGAAGUAAUUGAAGUAAUUGUGAUAUUUGAAAUUGAAUUAGAAAGGAAAGGAAAUUGGAUUGUGGAAUGUAGAACUAAAAUGGACCAGGAAAACUUUACUGGUAUUGACAAUGCAAAUGGAUCCUUGAGUCAUCAGAACUUCAUGAUGGCAGAAAAUGACGAGGAACAAAAUUUAAGCAAGCAAUAUUGA